UCACAAAUAAUUGCAGGGCACUUAAUCAAAGAUUUUAUCACCAUUUUAUUUAAACUCGAGUCGGCAACUCUAAAGAGACAAAUAACGAAGAAGUUCCAAAUAUGGAAAUUAAUACCCCACAUACACCAACAACAAUGCAGACAUCAACCACAUACUUUC